AGGCCCGUUGUUAGUUAGACCUUCGGAUGGCUGAGCCAAUCAUUUGUCAUAUUUUUCGCUCGACAUUUUGGCAACUUCUCGUAUAUAAACGGUAGCUAGGCCUCCAUGGGUUAUGAGUUCUUACUGGAGUUUCGCAGUGGCAAAUUCAAACUAAGACUAGAUCCAAUACCCAAAACGCCUCAACAUGCAUCGAAUGCUGCUCUACAGUUUGGCCAUCGUCGCCCUCGCCCUCACCUUGGUCCAGGCCUGCCCACAGAUCCAUCAUAAUCUGACAUUUCCUGCUGUGAAUCAAGUCUGUUCUGGGCCCAGCCUUGGCCACAGUUUGACGAGGGAUCUGUCCACGAUGUCGCUGGAGGUGUCUGCUCUGGCCAAGCUCUGCCAUUAUGGGAGCCCUUUUACGCUGAAGCAUUGGCCACAUUAACCGUGCAUUGUUGUUUGCCUUUGUUAUUGCUUAAAUAAAUUGUUGUAAAUUAUUUAUCAUAGAUCGUAGAGAUUGAACAUUAAUGGGCUUUUGGGGGUUCAACAGUUUCUAG